GCUCCCGCCCUGCAAACCCGGGAGGGGGAGGAGCCGAGGAAUCGAAAGAGAAAGCAGGCGGCGGGAGCUGGCGGCCGCAUGCCUCCGGGAGCGGGGCGCGGGGAUGGAGCUGCGGGCGCUCUGGCUGCUUUGCUGCUGCUUCUGCUGCUGCGGCCGCGCUGCGGACCCCCGCGCCACCUUCACGGCGACGGAGCCGCGGAGCCGCGAGCGACAGGCAGCCGCCUUCCGGGAAAGUCUUCAUAGACAUCGAUACUUGAAUUCUGUAUUCCCUGGUGAAAACUCCAGUGCCGUCUAUGGAAUAAAUCAAUUUUCUCAUUUGUUUCCUGAAGAGUUUAAAGCUAUUUACUUAAGAAGCAAACCUUCCAGAUUGCCCAGAUACCGAGCAGAAGUGCAAACAUCCAUACCCAAUGUGUCUUUACCAUUAAGAUUCGACUGGCGGGACAAGCGUGUUGUAACACAAGUGAGAAACCAGCAGACCUGUGGAGGUUGCUGGGCCUUCAGUGUGGUGGGUGCCGUGGAAUCUGCAUAUGCGAUAAAAGGGAAGCCUUUGGAAGACCUAAGUGUUCAGCAGGUCAUUGAUUGUUCAUAUAAUAAUUACGGCUGCAAUGGAGGGUCUACUCUCAAUGCUUUGAACUGGCUGAAUAAGACGCAUGUAAAACUGGUGAGAGAUUCAGAGUACCCAUUCAAAGCGCAAAAUGGCCUGUGCCGUUACUUUUCUGAUUCACAUUCUGGAUUUUCAAUCAAAGGUUAUUCUGCAUAUGACUUCAGUGACCAAGAAGAUGAAAUGGCGAAAGCACUUGUCACCUUUGGCCCAUUGGUCGUGGUAGUAGAUGCAGUGAGCUGGCAAGACUAUUUAGGAGGCAUAAUACAGCACCAUUGCUCUAGUGGAGAAGCAAAUCACGCAGUUCUCAUAACCGGGUUUGAUAAAAUAGGAAAUACUCCAUAUUGGAUUGUGCGGAACUCAUGGGGAAGUUCAUGGGGAGUAGAUGGCUAUGCCCAUGUUAAAAUGGGAGGCAAUAUUUGUGGUAUUGCAGAUUCUGUUUCUGCUGUAUUUGUGUGAUUUGUUGGGCA